UGUUUCAGCGCUCGUAAAUAUGGUGUCGUCGAUUCACAUCGUUUACGUGUUUGAUUGAAAAUAGAUGUUAUGAAAAUUGUCACAUUUAAAAGAAAGGAAUGUCUUUGUAAAACAAAAAAUGUUCUUAAAUUGACCCUGAAAUAAUGUGAAGUGAUUUAAAAUUCAUAUAAAUAAUAUGUAAAAUUUUAAAGAGUUUUAAAAGUACAAAAGAAAUUUUGAGUUUAAUAAAGUGAAAACGCAAUUGCUACGAAUGAACCUCAAAGCAAAUGAAAAAAUUCGAUAGAAAAUAUUUUGAACAAACUAAAUAUCUGAUAGCUAAAUAAUUGUGGUGUGCGGUAAAUAGAAAACGUUAACAAACAACGUACUUUGAACUGUGUAAAUAACAGAGUCCAAAUAAAACUAAAAUUAGGUUCUGUGGAAAUUGGUAAAAACACGCCCUCUAUCGAAAACAUUUGAAGUGUAUAUGAAAGAAAAAGAUGUCUGGCCAACGUGUCAAUUUAAAUGCUGCCGAAAAGGAUGUGGAGAAGUUUAUAAAAUUUUUAGCGCUGAAGUCUACUCAAGUUGUAGUGCAGUCGCGCUUGGGUGAGAAGAUACAGACCCCAUGUAAUCCUUUGGCCACUGGUAGUGAUUGGUUUAAUAUAGUUAUUCAAGACCAUCCUGAUAUAUAUUCCGAGACAAAGCGUGCAUUAUCGUUGGAACCCGGCCAAAGUAUACUAAAGCGAUUGCCUUUGUGUGUAGAAAUUUCCUUACGCACAGUAGAGGGAGAUCAAAUGGUAUUAGAAGUAUGGUCAUUGGACAUUCAAUUACCUGGAUGUCACAAAAAUUGUAAAGAUGAUAUAUGUGAAGUUCUCAUAAAAAACGUUGAAAACGGAAAAGGCGUUGCUAUGAAUGGGACUGGUGCGCCUAUGUCAGAACAGCAAACAUUAAAAGCGGCACAUGCCAUUUAUAAUCGUAUGGGUAUUCUACUAAAGUCACUAAUCUCUUUGACACGAGCCACUCCUGGUUAUAAAUUGUCACGACGUCAAUGUCCAGAAGCAUAUGGAAUUUACUAUCGUAUUUACGUCGAUCGGCCACAGUUACAUACUUUGGGUGAAGGCCAUAAAAAUGUUAAAAUCGGCCAACUAAAUACUAUUGUUGGUACGUUAAGUAUGUCUGUUUCUUAUCGAACUAAAAUGACUAUUACUCCUACCACCUCAGAGGGUCACAAUGGAGAAUCAAAUCAAAUUAUGCUAAAAUCUGACCAUUUUCGACGUGGCGAUUCUUCUCCUACUCAAAAUUUGUCUAUCGCAGGACUGAAAAGAGGCACAGGAGUUAAUGGCGAAAAGAAAAUAAUUGAUAUUGAGAAGCCUCUGCGGCCAGGAGCCUUUACCGAUGUUGGUAAAUUACGGCAGUGGACUGAAAAAGACUAUAUUUUGCCAGAAACUCCUCCAUUCGAAUGGUUAUUGCGACGCCCACGACAGGAAAGCGGAGGUUCUGUUGGUUCGGUAGAGUCCUUAAAUAAAAAGAGCGAUGGUAGCAUUUCUGCACCUACUUCUGUUAAUGGGCCAGAACAGACUGUUCAAAAUAAUAAUGCUGUAAUUGGAAAUAAAUCUAACAAUAGCACCCAGGCAAAUAAUAACAACAACGUUAUUGCUUUUAAGAGCUUAGAGAAUGGGCAAAAUGGCUCACAAGACAAGUCAUCUGCCGCUAAUUCAGCACUCUCGCAGUCGCCUAUGAAAAGUCUGCUUAUACCCGCCCCUACGUCUUCCCGCAAUAACGCAAUGAAAAACCGGCCCGAAGAUGAUAACCUUCUCAAAGAAUUAAAUUUUCCUUUUGCGUUGCCAAAUUCACAUGUCAAUGAUUUGGCGAAGUUUUACCGUGAUUGUUAUCACGCACCGCCACUUCUUGGACUGAACGAAACUCAAACGGAUGUAGCGGUAGAACAAUUAGAGGAAUUUGAAACAUCCUUAGAAGACUACGAUGAACUAGUUUUACAGCUUGGACUAAGCACAUCAACAUCGACGGGUAGCCGGAGUAGUGGGGGUUUGCAAAUGAGUAACUAAUAUCUACGAAUAUUUAUGAUUAAUCCAUGUAUACUAUUGUAAGCGUAUAAGUAGGUAGAUAGGUAAAGUUUACAGUCAAGGAUAUAUUCAACAACAUGAUCAAUUGUCUAGGCUUGAACUUCUUAUAUUUGCUUAAUUUGUUUUUAUGUUAUUCAAUAAAGAGUUUACAGUUAUAUAACGUAUGUAAAUAUAUGAUAAUAUUUAUUAAGCAUAAUAAUUAGGUAACUGUAAAAAUCUACAAAUUUGGAAAUAAUCAUAUGCAUAAAGCUGCAUUAUUAGAAUAUUUUUAAUAUUAAAAUUUUGAUAGUUUUGAUAGUUUAAUAAUUAAAUAAAUAUUAGGUUCCUUAAUAAGAAUGUCGCAUUAAAUAAAGUAUCUAGAAGUAAGAAACGUUAAUAACAAUUAUCGAACAGGUACCAAUAUUUAUGGUAUUAUUUGUAAAGGAAUUUUAAUUUACAUAUAACAAAAUUUGUAAUCUAUGCAGUAAAGUAAUCUGCAGUAUUGUUUAGUGCCUUUUUAACUAGUAUUUGUCUUACGAAUAUUCCAUUACUUUGAAAUUGGAGUCAAAAAUUGUAUUCUUAAUAUAAGUACAUUUUAUAUGUGACAGUUUUAAAAUCCUUCUAAUCGAAGGCGUCAGAGUACAUACAAUCGACUGGUGUCUGCAUAAUUAUUGGGAGUUUCGUUUAAGUAAUGACAAUUCAAAGUUCUUUAGGCAAGCAUACAUAUGUACAUACGCUCAUCUUUGCAUAUAUAUAUAUACAUAAAAAUAUACAAAAACGAAAAAAUGCAUUUAA